AUGAUGGCGGAUGGUGUCGGUGCUUUAAGAAUUUCACAGCUUGAUGCCAACCAACUUGACCAAGAACUUUUAUCUCUUGUCAGGAAUCAGUUCAACAGAAUAUUUCCCUAUGAUCAGACUUCUUUAUUAACAAGACUUGAUCCUGAAAUAACAGCUUUAAUCAAAUUUGUAAUAUGGCGGUUUUCUGUGUUUGCAACUGGUGCAUCUAUUGGACAACAGAUUCUCAAAUUGAAAUAUGCAAACAUGAGAAGACGUGACAGUAAUUCACCUUGGAUGUCACGGAAACAAAAGUUAUUACAUGGCUUCAUUUUGAUUGUCCUACCUUGGCUCAAGGAACGGUUCAAUAUAACCAUUGAUGGGCUUGGAUUUUCUGGAUCAAGCACUCAGAUAAAGGUGAACAAGUAUAUUGAGUGGGCAGAGAAGGGGCUGAAGCUUGCUGCACUUGUCAAUUUUGCUAUUUUUCUCCAGACUGGAAUCUACUCUUCACUCACAGAACGUGUCUUGGGAAUUCGGUCCAUGUUUCCCCAGAGGCAGUCAUUACGACAGGUUUCCUUUGAGUUUAUGACCCGAGAACUUUUAUGGCAUGCAUUCUCGGAAUUUCUCUUCUUUCUUCUGCCGCUUGUAAAUUUCCGUCGUUUGAAGAGUUCUUUGUCCUCCUAUUUUCUGCCUCGAUCUAAUCGUCGACCAACACUUCCACAUAUGCGCACACCUGCUGACUUGACUGUUUGUGUCAUCUGCAACCAAUGGCCAAACAAUGCUCAUGAGAUUGGCUGUUCUCAUGUAUUUUGUUAUUAUUGCAUAACGAGCAACUUCUUGGCUGAUCCAAGUUUUGUGUGUCCAGCAUGUCAGAAAAACAUUCCAAAUGAGUUUAUGAUUCGUCCUGUCAUAGAUGAGUCAAGCCAAAGAUCACCCGAGAGCGUGUUUGGAUUUUUCUUUCUUUCUUUUUCCUCCCCCGCUCUCUCUCUCUCCCCCUUACUUGGUAAUCUUCUACCAAAUCCUGUAAAAUCUUUGGCUAGCAGCAAAAAAAAAAAAAAUGUUUGGGUUGCCUUUUUCUUUUGA